AUGUCUGACGAGUCUAAAGAACAGACGUCUCGCAGACUUCCCAUCUGGGCUUUGGGCCCACGCGAAGAGAAAGAGGCUCGCCAGAACCUCAAGAAAUUCGCGUAUGGCCAGUGUUCUGAAUACGUGAAGGCCAUGGUGGAGUGCUCGAAAUUACACGGGUUGAAAGUUUUCCCAGCGUGUGAAUCGCAGCGCAACCAGAUGAAAGAGUGUAUACUUUCGUUCCAGGGCGAAGCGUACGUGGACCAAGAGCGCGACAAAAUGGUGCAGCGUAGGAUCCAGCAGUUGGAAGAUCAGCUCAAACAGCAGCAACAGCAACAGCGCGAGCAGAAGGGACAAAAUUAA